ACAUAACACACGAUAGGGACACAUCUGUCGUGAUCUGUCUCUGAGCACUGCCCUUUUCCGUCGAUACGGUACCCUACAUCGCUCAUGAGAGGAUGCACAAGACAAUCCUCUGACCAUGAAGGAGGAGGAGAGAACCUUGGCAGUGAGCGAUCGCACGGUAGGUGCUGGUGUGAUGGUGUGCUUCCUUCUACUACGCGCCCAACAUCCUAAGAAGAGCCCUGGAUAACUCCCCAUGUCCCCUUUUCUCAUUGACUGCUUCUCAGUUAAGCUCUAGAGGCUUCUCGGCAGAAGGCUUGCCAGUGUGAGAGUUGUGCUACCUUCCCCAAUUUCACGCACUUAUGGGCGUAACCGAGCUCCCAGCGACUAGGUGAGCGGAGCUUGGAAAUACCAAGACUUCUCGAAUCUUUAUACCAUGUCCGCCAAGCGCUUGGGGUACAUCACUGUUGCAACGUCGAUACUCACUAUGAUAAGAGACGCACGACACCUUCCCUUUUCAGUGUCUUGGUCCGACGAUGCGCGUGAGUAUGGCCCUACAGGUGGCGAGUCGAUACAAGGGUAUAAGAAUGUGUUGGUACGAGUACAACUGGAGAGCCUAUUCAACCCCAGUCCCAUCAUCUGGCAAUAGGCAAGAUUCCUCGCCAACAUGAGCAAUAUCGCCAAUCUCGAAGCACCUGUCAUUGCGCAGGCAGCGGUGGCCGAGGCUCCACUCGCGGGCACUGCAACUGAGAAGCGCCUCGGUCGAGGUUCUAUUAAUGCCAACUCGGUGCGAGCAUCACAUUUGACCCAGGAUUCCGAUGACGACGAAGUCACGGAUGAAGACCUCAGAACUCUUCGUCGAGUGUCAGGCAAGAUCCCGUGGACCGCCUUCACGGUUGCCUUUGUGGAGCUGUGCGAGCGAUUCUCCUACUAUGGCACCACUGUUGUCUGUAUGUUGCAAGAGCGGGGUCCAAUCACAACAUCCAUCAGAAUAUUACUGACGUUGUAACAGUCGUCAACUUCAUCCAACAGCCGCUCCCCGAAGGCUCAUCCACAGGCGCCGGGUAUUCAGGCCAGUCGGGCGCACUCGGCAUGGGUCAGCGAGCCUCGACUGGUCUCAAGAUGUUUAACGAGUUCUGGGCUUAUGUGAUGCCUCUGCUUGGUGGCUAUCUAGCUGAUGCGCACUUCGGUCGCUACAAAACAAUCCAUAUGGCCAUUGUCUGUGCGAUUGUCGGACACGUUAUCCUGACUGCUUCCGCCGCUCCUAGCGUCAUUAAGCACAACGGCUCAGCUCUCGCUGCUUUCAUCAUCGGCCUAAUCAUCAUGGGAGUGGGAACCGGCGGCUUCAAGUCAAACAUCUCACCGCUUCUUGCCGAACAGCAAGUCGAGACUAAGAAGAGAAUCAAGGUGCUGCCAUCGGGAGAACGUGUCAUCGUCGACCCCUCGGUAACCACCUCCCGGAUCUUUCUGUACUUUUACAUGUGCAUUAACAUCGGCUCGCUUGUUGGACAAAUCGGCAUGGUCUACUGCGAGAAGUACGUCGGCUUUUGGCUGGCCUUCAUGCUACCCACUGUUCUGUUCGUAUUCGCCCCGAUCGUCCUCGUCGUUUGUAAGAAACAUUAUGUCCUCCUCCCACCUACCGGGUCCGUGUUCGCCAAGUUCUUCCAGCUUUGGAGCUACGCAUGCAAAGGCAAAUGGAGCAUCAACCCAGUCCGGACGUACAAGAACCUGUCGGCGCCCGAUUUCUGGGACCGCGUCAAACCGUCCAACGUUCCUGCUAGUGAACGUCCCAGGUGGAUGACCUUCGAUGAUGCCUGGGUGGCCGAAGUCCGUCGUGGUCUCAAAGCCUGCACUGUAUUUUUAUAUUUGCCACUCUAUUGGCUCGCAUAUGGCCAAAUGACAGGAAACUUGACAUCUCAAGCUGCGGUAAUGGAACUUAACGGGGUCCCCAACGACAUCAUCCAGAAUCUCAACCCGAUCAGCAUCGUCAUCUUCAUCCCCUUGAUGGAUUUCUUCAUCUACCCGGCACUACGCAAGGCCAAGAUCAACUUCACCCCGAUCAAGCGGAUCGCCCUGGGUUUUGGGCUGGCCUCGCUUGCCAUGGUCGCCGCCUGCGUCACACAGGUAUACAUCUACCGGCUCUCGCCUUGCGGCACGCACGCGUCGGACCCCGACUGUCCCGGCCCGGCCCCGAUCAACGUCUGGGUCCAGACGGUGCCGUACGUGCUGAUCGGAUUCUCCGAGAUCAUGGCCAGCAUCACGAGCCUGGAAUACGCCUUCACAAAGGCCCCGACCAACAUGCGCAGCUUCGUCAUGGCACUGAAUCUGCUCAUGAACGCCUUCAGCAGCGCCCUCGCGCAGGCCUUGGUCAGUCUCUCGGCCGACCCGCUGCUCGUCUGGAAUUACGGCGUCGUCGCCGUCCUGGCCGCGGUGGGUGGCGUGUGUUUCUGGUUGAACUUUAAAAAGUUGGACAGCGAGGAGGAUAGGCUGAACAUGCUCGAAAUCAGUGAAUACAAGGGCAAGAGGGGCAGUGUCAGUGCCAGUGUCCGUGGCAGCGUGAGUGUGGAAAGGCCCGAGGAGAAAGGAGAGGCCCAGCCGUGAUAAUCUUGGGAGUAUACUCUGUACAUGUGUAUGUAAUCCGAGGUCGCGGUGAGCUGUGAACUGGAAGCAGCGAGUGAUUCAGGAGGAUGGAUGCUACUACGCGAUGAUGGGUAGCUGAGCUGAAUUGAACCUGAAGCCGAAGCCGAAGCCGGGCGAACUGAGCCUUUUGCGUGGAUCUACAGAACCUGGUCAAUUACCUCAAUGCGGUGGGCGUGAUGAUGUCUUGCUAUUGUCGUUCUGUUGAUAAUGGGAGAUGAUGGAGAUGAAGAUGACAUGCGUUCAACCCUGGCCACACAUGGGCAGAAGCAGACCAUUUUAAUCAACACAGGGCUCUGAUGGACAAGGUCUUCGAAACUCUGCCGUAGCCAUGGAUCGCCCCUGGAAAGCGACCAUAUCACGUCGUUGAGAGCUUUCAACGCAGAUUUGUGUCUUUUCUGCUUGCUUUCUUUUUUAUGAAUGAGAUCUUACACAGGAGAAGCUCGGUGCAGUGCACGCAGCCUCGACAGACGGAGACCUCUUGUCGAAAGCCCCCGUGCGUCCAAAUGGAUAAUGUCCCCUCG